AUGAAAUUUGCUAUGUAUUUCAAUGUUAUUUCUAUGUUUUUUCAUUUAACGGGAGCUACAACAUACUCUGACGGAUCACUGUACGUUCCUUUAAUAAAAUGGGUUCGCACAUAUUAUUCGACUUCUGCUGUCUUUUUGAUGCAUUCACUUAGCGAGAACGAACAUUUCGAUGAAAAUAUAUAUUCCAUGAUAUAUCUGCGCACUGUUAUAUUAUUAUUAGGCUUGAAGAUAGCAUAUAUGUCACACACAUGGUCUCGUCUUCUUCAUCGUGAGCAAAUUGCAACUCUGAGUUGUACAUUCAAGGAUAUUCAUGCACUGAAAAGAAAUAGUAUCCUUCGACCGUUAGUCAUCAUUUUUCUGUCUGGAUCUGAAGCCGUUUCCGAAUUUUCGAGAUACUCGAAGUCCUUGAAAAUGUCUUUAUUUGCAUGGUUUGUAAUAUUUAUAACCGAGUGGAUGGACAAGAAAUAUUGCUACAAUCCAUCGGGAAAUCCAUUUCAUUUGUUAUUCGAUACUGAAAUGCUGGUCAUGUGUUACGGUGAUCCUAUUCUUCGCGAGUGGUAUUCCGUGGAUGGGAACAACACCGUCAUUUUCGACCUAGUGAAAUGGUAUCCAGAGAGACAAGUGGGAUCGUCAACGGCUGCUUUGAGUUUGUUAACCAAUUUGAGUCUAUAUGAGAGGAGAAAUGAUCUGAAAGGGAAAGUUCUGCGAGCUAACUCGGUAUUAGUCAAGGUUAAAAAUAAUAAAUUCGAAGGAUAUUUUAAUAGAGUGAUCAGCGAGCUUGAGAAUUAUCUGAACUUUACUCUCGACAUCGCGUUCAUUGAAAAGGAGUUCGGAAUCUUCAAUACGACGACGAAAAGUUGGAACGGAGCAAUUCGCUUAGUGGCUUCUGGAGAAGCAGAUAUCGGAUUAGCCGAUUUCUCGAUGACAAACAUUAGACUCGAUUACAUUGAUUAUAUGAUUCCUAUUUUUACCCUUAGAAAGUCUUUCUACUUUAAACAACCGGAAGUACUCACGGUGAAAUGGUUUGCUUAUUACAAGGUUUACAGUUUCACACUCUGGAUGUCUUUGCUUAUGACAAUCAUGAUCGCAUUAUUUGUUUUGGCUUUUAUUAGAUCUCAAGUGGAAUCCACUAAUCUCAUCAGCGAAAUAUCCCAUGAAUUUAUUCGAGUUUGGGGUAUUUUCUGCCAACAAGGAAUCACAACUGAAUCUCUUUUCGCAGAAUUUCCGCAGAAUUCAUCGUUGAGAUUAGCAUACUUUACCAUACUCGUUACUGGUAUAGUGUCAUUUGCCGCUUAUUCCGCGUCUAUGAUAUGCUUCGUAACAGCUCGCGUUCGUAAUAUACCCUUCCGUACACUGCAAGAGUUCCUCGAUGAUGAUACAUACAGUAUAAUCGUUCAAAGAUCUUCCUCGGACUAUGACAUAUUUACUGUAAGUUUGUGUCUAAUAAUGGAGAAUUCUGGCACGAUAUGUAUGCUUUCACUUUUACCUGUCUACAUAUGCAAAGAUGGCUCAUUAACGUAUUAUAGCGGUUUUAAUACGAAACUACGGAGAACGAUAAAUUACCGCAUACCGUGCCAUGUUACCUUUGUUGACGUCGGCCGAGUGGAUAGUUUGUCCCUGAUUCUACCGAAAAACAGUCAUAUGCAGAAACUUUUGAACAGUGGCCUACUGAACCGGUUGAAGAGCGAAGUAACUUUCACGGAGAAAACCAGAUUCGAGCCGGUUGGGUUUUACAGCAUCGUAUCUGUAUUAAUAAUCUUCCUCGGCGGUAUUAUAUUAGCACUUGUAACACUGUUCAUAGAGAUAUUUUACAAUAGAUAUAUAAAUUCUUAUUUUUACAAUUACCCGGACGACUAA